GGGACCUUUACAUUCAAGGGUGUGAACAAAACGGAACAGAUUUUGACAUUCAGUUGUAAUCUCAGAAAGUAGCUAUUUAGUCUGUGGUGCAUGUGAUUCCUGACACUAACCUACUUCCAGGAGUAGUUGUCUCUGAUGGCUCACACCAGCAGAAUCUUCAGCAGAUACACCUCGGGCAUUCCCAGAGGCACUGGUGCACACUAUGGUCGCUCUAUGGAUCGGAUAGACCUUCUGCCCACCGGAUAUGGUCACGGUGAUGUUCUUAGGAGCUCAGCGCUGACACAAAGUUCAGGACGUACUGACCAGUUCACGGACAUCACAGAAACAUCAUUUGUACGCAGUGGUGAACCCGAAACGCAGCCUCAUCGCCGUCAUGCCCCGUCACCAGGCAGAUGCUUCUUUAUGAGAAGAGUGGUGAUUGCACUAGUGAUGCUGUGCAUGUUCCUCAUCAGUGGACUUACCGUGACUACAGUUCUAAUAUUGCAGUAUAAAGGAGCAACAAUGGCGUCAUCACCGACGAAACCUACAAGCACACCACCACAUGAUGGGAUUAUUUCUAACCUUGUCUUCACUCGAUCCUCGCCGACCACUACACCUACCGCUGCGACGACCACUACAUCUACCGCUUCGCCGACUACUACAUUUACAGCUGCGACGACCACUACAUCUACCGCUGCGACGACCACUACAACUACCGCUUCGCCGACCACUACAUCUACCGCUUCGCCGACCACUACAUCUACUUCUUCGCCGACCACUACAUCUACCGCUUCGCCCAACACUACCUCAACCGCUGCGACGACCACUAUAUCUACCGCUGCACCGACAACUACAUCUACCGUUGCACCGACAACUACAUCUACCGCUGCACCGACGACUACAACUACCUCGUCGCCGACCACUACAUCUAACGCUUCGCCGACCACUACAUCUACCGCUGCGACGACCACCACAACUACCGUUUCGCCCACCACCACCUCAACCGCUUCGCCGACCACUACAUCUACCGCUGCACCGACCACUACAUCUACCGCUGCGCCGGCGACUACAACUACUACUGCUACGACUUCUACUACAUCGACAACAACAGGUUGCACUGUAUCCAGGAAGUGUCAUGUGUGUACGUCCAGAAACGCCCGAUGUCCAGCGAACGGCAACUUUGCUGGAACUGACCCCGGUGAAGUCAUAACCUGUCCAUGUGGCACCGCCUGCUACUCCGAUGUCAGAUACGACGAUGAAAACAUAGUGCAUCGAGGAUGCACCAGAGAUUUUCCCCAGUGGGAAGAAACGUCCUCCAAAGACCCAACAUGUCAAGAAAUCGGUCGACACUUCCUGUGUUUCUGUCAAGGAGAUCGCUGCAAUACGCACGACAUGACGACCUACCUUUCCGGAAAGUGAUCGAGAGACAGUUAUUUAAACGCUCAAUUUAACAAUUAUAAUGUUUUCUAACAAACUGACAGGGGGAACAUAAUUGUGAAGGCCUGUUCUGAGAUAAAAUGUUUGCUGUAAGUACUGAACAAAGAAACUUCUCUUAACCCUACUAUCAUUGAUGGAAUACGUU